AUGCCCCCGAAGAAGUCAAUCAACCUGCACCGGUGGCCAUGCUCAGUAUCACAGGCAUCCCUACUGGAGCGCAGAGCCGUGACCAGGCAUCGGUACGCGAGCCAGCAUAGCGUUCCCGGAAUGAACUCGUAUGGCCACUAUGUCAACGUAAGUCCCACCUUGCCUUUCGCUGCCGUCGGCAAGACAGUGUCCCCUGCAAUAGUAGCCAAUAACCCUCUGGUCCCUUUCGACCCAAGAGCUAACACGGCGUUGAAGCUAAGCAACAUCGACAUGAAUGCCUACGCGAGCCAGCGUAGCGUUCCCCAGAUGAACAUCCAGAACAACUAUGUCAACUGCGACGAGGAGGUCAAGCAAGAAGAUCACGGUGAUGACGACAGUGUCGACAAGCCAACACCCACGUCCUCAACGCCAGCGCCAGGGCGUUCGUACCAGGGCAACCAACACAUCUUGUCGAAAUCCAGCUCUCCCCCUCCCCUGGUCAAGGUCCCUCCCCUGGUCAAGCCGUCUCCUAGAGGCUUCCAAUGCCAGGGACCCGCCAACAACCAUCGAGUGACGCCCACGACCUCAAACUGGCGCUCCACAUCUCCCGGAACCGCAUCGACAGGUUCGGAUGACUCAUCGACCUACUUUCCGGCCAGCACUCCAACAGCAAGCUCCGCCACAUACGUUCCGCCACACGCUCGCACAGCGUCCACCACCACGACGGCAGCGUCAACCACCAACACAGCAGCACCAACCACACCGAUCAUCGUCGGCCGCGUCAACCCCGCCCAGAUGCGGUGGAUCACCGUCGACGCUCUCCCCUCCAUUUCAUAUGCCGGCUUGACAUCUCCAGCCGCGUCGAUCCAACCAGUGGGCGCACCGGCUGCACCACUGAUCCAAGAGAAGCCCGUGUGGAUGGACGAGAUAAGCCCGGCUGUACUGGACUCGAUGAUUAAUGGCUACGGCGACCAAAGUCACCUCUGGGGUCAAGAGUCAGGAGCUAAUGGCCACAUCCAGGUUGAGACCCUAUCACAGCCAGAGCAAGUUUUGGUACGGGUCGCGACUGUGGCAACGGUUGGGAUUGCACUUGGGUCACUGGGUAGCUGGGUGUCUGGGCUAGUGGCGGAGCGCAAAGAAUUGUGA